GGGGUAAAGACACCUGCCGCUAAAUGCACGCAACGUUUGCUGAUCCGACGCCACGGUUGCACGACGCCCCGAGCCGGAGCCGAGGUCAGAUACAUAGAGCACACGACCCAAGCGUCCUCUGUGGUUCGAUACACGUGCAGGCAGAGAGCUCUGAAGACGAGACUCGGUGGCGCAGUGUAUCCCGAACGCUGCGAGAGGCCGAGCGCGACCACGUGGCGGUGCAACGGAAAGUUGGGUGCGUCUAGCUGCAGCGUGCAGUAUCCAGUGCAAUUAAAUUCCGGUGAGGAACCGAUCGACGAAUAUUAAUGCACCGGCAAACGUCAUCCUUCUCCAUUCCGGCAAUUGGUCGCGGGGCGAGGACGCGACGAUGGAGAUGAACCGCGACGAGGCCGAGAAGUGCAUGGAGCUCGGGAAGAAGCACCUCCGCGCAGGCAGCUUUGCGCAGGCCGCCAAGUGGUUCGACAAGUCCAUCCGCCUCUUCCCGCUGCCCGGUGCGGAGGCCCUCAAGGCGCGGGCGGAGCAGUCCAUGGCAGGGCAGGCCGCGCCGCAAGCCGCGCCCGCUGCGUCGACUUCGCGGGCAGCGCCAUCGUCGUCUGCUGCGCGCCCGAGCGAGCAAGAAGACAGCCGACCGUUCACGGACGAGCAGGUCAAGAUUGUGCGCCAGAUCAAGGCGUGCAAGAACCAUUACGCCGUCCUCGGCGUCGAGAAGACCGCAGAUGACAACGAGAUCAAGAAGGCGUACCGCAAGCUCGCGCUGAAGCUGCAUCCGGACAAGAACAGCGCGCCGGGCGCCGAGGACGCGUUCAAGGCGGUCGGGAAGGCUUUUACCGUCCUCAGCGACGACCAGAAGCGCGCCGACUACGACCGGUUUGGUGACAACGCGCCGAGCGAGAACGGCGGCCAGGCGCCGCGCGCGUACCGGUACCAGCAGGACGACAUCAGUCCCGAAGAGAUCUUCAACAUGUUUUUCGGCGGCGGGCUCCACCCGCAGCGCGCCCGGCAGCGCCAGCGCCCGAGCCAGCACAACGCGGUGCCACGGACACCAAUGCAGCAGCUGCUGCAGUUCCUGCCCCUCAUCCUCGUCUUCUGCCUCUCGCUGCUGUCGUUCCCGGCCGAGCGCAACGUGCCGUUCAGCCUCCAGCCGACGAACGAGCACUCGGUGCUCCGCAACACGCGCAUGCGCAACGUCGUCAACGGCAUCCCGUACUACGUGGCCAAGGACUUUGAUCGAAAGUACACGAACGACUGGCGCGACCUCAUGCGCGUCGAGCAAAUGGUGGAGCAGUGGCACGUGACGCGGCUGCGGGAAGGCUGCGAGGGCGAGCGCCUCAAGCAGAAGCGGCGCGUUACCAAGGCGCGCAGCCACUACGAUGUCGAGGCGCGGGAGGAGGCCCUGCGCAAGGCCGCUGCCAUGGCGACGCCCAACUGCGACGAGUUGCAGCGGCUGCAAGCCUUGUAGUUGAACGUUCCAAUAGAGACUGUACAUCGUGUGAAGAAGAGCUGUGUUGGCUCUCGACCUGG